CGGGACUCACUGCGGCUGCUGCGAACAGAUGGCAAAAAUGGGGGUUUCUUCAAUUUCUUGAAUGUCGAGAAGAAAAAGGUCGAGACUUCCAGUGUCUCUUUUUAAGCGAUUGUUCUUGUCCUGACUCUUUUGUCUCUUGCAAACGCGCUUCAGGUUGACUGGAUUCCAUUCCUGACACGUUGUCACCCCACGAAAGCAUGGCUGUGAUGACACGACAGAGGGCUAGAUCCAGCCCAGGCCUGAGCGAGCGAAGACCUAUACCGGUAACAUUGGUCUCUGGGUUUCUGGGGAGCGGCAAGACGACACUUCUCAAGAACAUCCUGACCUCUGACCAGCACUCGCUGCGGAUCGCGGUCAUUGUCAAUGACAUGGCCGCCCUCAACAUCGAUGCAUCCCUGAUCAAACGCCAUGUGGUCUCCCAGACCCAAGAACGGCUGAUACAGAUGGAGAACGGAUGCAUCUGCUGCACGCUUCGAGGCGACUUGCUUGAAGAGCUGGCCAAGUUGGCCCGCAACCGGGAGUGCGAAUACAUCUUGAUUGAGAGCACGGGGAUCAGCGAACCAAUGCAGGUGGCAGAGACAUUCACGGAGGAGUUUGCGCAGGCCAUGAUCGAAGCGGCCAAUGACGGCUCGCUAGAGGGCCAGGAGGACGAUGAGAGGGUCUUGAAAGAGAUGGCGGAUCUGGGUGGUUUGCAAAACAUCGCCAAACUCGACACUCUUGUGACCAUUGUCGACGCGUUCAAUUUCUUCCACAACUUUGCCACCACCGAAUUCAUCACCGACCGGUGGGGGAAGGACGGCGUUGAUCCCGAAGACGAGCGCACCAUCACGGACUUGAUGGUUGAUCAGAUAGAAUUCGCCAAUACCAUCAUCCUCAACAAGACCGACAGCGUGGACAUGGCGACAAGGUCUCGGAUCAGGGCCAUCGUCCACCAACUGAACCCCGCCGCGAAGGUCUUGGAAUGCAACUACUCCAAGGUCGACCCGCGAGAAGUUAUCAGCACCGAGACGUUCUCGUUCGAAAAGGCCGCAACGAACAUGGGCUGGCUCCAGAGUCUCCACGACCUCAACAAGCGAGAGAUCAAUGGCCAGAUCAAGAUCGCUCCCAAGCCGGAGACUGAAGAGUACGGUAUUUCCAGCUUCGUCUACCGUGCGCGGCGGCCCUUCAACCCACGACGUCUGUACAGGCUGAUACACGACAAGUUUGUCAUCAUGGAGGGUCAGAUCGUGGAUCCGGAAGAGGAUGAGGAAGGGAAGGAAGUGGGUGAGCAAAGCGGAAGUGAAGACGAUGACAUGGAAGUGGAAAGCGCCGAAGAGCUGUCCUCGGAUACUAGCGAUGGUGAUCCCAUGACCCCGGCAAUCGCUGACAGAGGGGUUGCAGACACUGACGAUGUCGUUUAUCCAGACGCAAUUCAAGCGGAAGAUCAAGAUGACACUGACGAUUUUUCCAAAUCCAUUGAUCCAAAGGUACGCCCGGUGUCUUGGCCAUGUUUCAAGGGUUGUCGUUAUUGCUGACGUCCGACCCUCACGCAGGUCGUCGCCGGUAACAAGAAGGCAAACCCCAUCUUUGCCGGCCUCUUGCGUUCCAAGGGGUUCAUCUGGCUCGCCACCCGUCCGUUCUUACACGGAGAAUGGAGCCAGGCCGGGACCAUGCUGACCUUGCAGGGUGGUGGCCCUUGGUUCUGUGCUCUUGACGACGGUAUGAACCCAUUCUUCCUUUCCCUCCAGCUGAUUUCACCAUGGUUGCUUGAACAUAUAGAUGCCGGCAACAUGGUUAGUUGAAACAUACUGACCACGUUUCUAAAGCCCACUGGCCCACCGACCCCGACACACGCCGCAGCAUUGAAGCCGACUUUGCCGAACCCUGGGGCGACCGACGACAGGAGAUCGUGUUCAUCGGCGAGAAACUCGACACCGCAGGUCUAAAGGCUGAAUUCGACGGAUGUCUGUUGACGGAUCCUGAAAUGCGCAAAUGGGAGAAGAUCAUGAAGUCUACCGAGGAUAGGGAGGUGGUCCAUGACAAGUUGGCUAAUGUCUUUGAAGAUGGCUUUGAGGAUUGGCCUGAGCUCGUGCACGAGGAGGACGAGGAGGACGGUCACAACCACGAGCAUCAGCAUCGAGUUCAGAACCAGCAGCGCAUAAAGCCGGGGAAAGAACUCCAAACGAAAAACAAGUAAACCAAGGUGAGGAGGCAAAGGCAAGAGAAUAUUGAGGUGCGGGGCCUCCAUCGACAAUAUAGCAUAUUGACUUAUAUAGCGUGGGGAUUUGCGGACUCGAUUAGACUUCAAAUAUGAUAUAGUCGGCUUGGAAUGCACUUUGUGGACAAAACUUCUCUACAAAAAUGGCACGAUCGAUUAGAUGAAAGUCAAGUCUGUGCUUGCUCGAGGCUGGCCACGGAGAGGCGCAGUGGCAUUGCUCAACCAGGGGCAAGCCUGCAGAAGACGAGAAGCUUUCUGGAACAAACUUUUGAAGAAUUGGGCUCAGCAAGAAUAGGGGCCACAAUUCCAACACGGGCCACCGCCUUUGUACUUUACGUGUUUAUAGCACAGAGACAGCCUGCCACUGUAACAGGCCCGCCAUUAUCAGUCCCCAAAAAUGGUCAUAGCACUGGAGCUUGGAGGCAAAGUUGUGCAUAUCCUUCUGAGAGAUCUU